AUGGACCGCAAUCGCAUCCAAACUUCGCGGUCGUCUAAAGCCACUUCACAAGUCAUAUCCUCUUUACAAACCCCAAAACUCAAAGAUUCCUGUGACAAAUGCUCUGCCUCCAAAGUACGUUGUACAAAGGAGAAGCCCUUCUGUGCCCGCUGCGAUAAGCUCGGGUACCCAUGCUUUUACAGCCCAGCAAGACGGGCUGGCCGCCCCUACCGGUCAAAAAAACAAUUUCCAGAAGCGGGGAACAGCGAAGAGUCAAAUCAAUCCUCUGUGAGAGAUAUAACAACGACUCAGUUUGUAGAUGAGAGCGCGAGACUAUACUCUCGCUUCAAUGCCUCCACACCCGUCAACGUGACCUCCAAUAGCUCAAUCUCAAAUUCCACUUUGCGAGCCAAUUCCACACGGCCCAACAACGAAAAUGAACAUCACGACCAUAGCGCGGCAAGGAGCCACUACGUCUCCGAUCCGGACUGUAUGCUAGUCGCUCUCGACCUAUUGUCCGAAAUAGAAGGUUCAGCAGAGCAAUUGAGACGAGUAUAUCCCGUAGACGCAAGUCUUCUCAACACAACUGCACAAACCAUCACAGCAGCCUUCCAUCGCCUUUCUACAAUUCUGAUGUGCCCUUGCUCCGAGAGAGCGGAGGUGGGGAUGCUAGUUUCCGCAAUUUGCAUGUCCAUCAUCGACACGCUUGCCAUGACAAUUACGAACAUUGCAGGAGACCGGACUUCCACCGGGUUGCCCAGUCAGCCGAUGCCAUGGGAUAGUUCCGGUGUCGGGUCUCAUGGCUCCCUUGGGAGUGAGGCUACAACUAUGCAGGUUUUGACAGAACUUUCGAAGGUGGCUAGGCUCAUUUUGCAGCUUACUGAGCGGUACGACAAAGGGGGUUGGGGUUUAAAUGGGGGGAAUAUAGGAGAUGGAUCGGAGCUGCCAACGGACUUUCUGCCGGGAAUAGCUACUUUCUUGCGGGAGAGGCUACAGCAAAUUACGACCAACGCUGCUCAUUGCGUUGGAUAG